UGUAAUUUUGCCUGAAAUCCAUUUGCAGUUUUAUUGCAAAAUGUCCCUAUGUUGAGUCAAUGUCCUCAUGUCAGGAUGUUUUUGUGAUUUUUUAAUGGUAAAAUAAGUGUCCCUAGGUUGAAUCGUCCGCAGGUCAAGGUGUCCGCAUGUGAGGGUCUCACUGUAUAUAUAUGUAUAGAUGUGCUGCGCAAAUACGAGGACUCGGGUUUUAAUUUGAAAUGUAUAUAACUUUCUGCUUCUCCUUCAUUUUCUUCCUCAAACUCUCUCACACUGAUACCUUCCUGUAUUUUCGACUAUAUUUUUUGUUUUUUGGUUUUUUUUGUCUACACCUUCUCUUCCACCUACCUGAUUUCUUCUUUUGCUGCGGUGAUUUUUUCUUCUCGGCGUUUUUUUUCGUUUUGUUUUGUUUUUGUUGGAGUAAUCAGCAGAUGUCCCAUCGGAACAAGCAGGCGCAGCAGGAGAGAAACAAGGAGAAAGGGAUGGAGUCGGUGCCACUCAACUGUGCCAAGUGCGGAGCCACGCCGUGUCCACACGUGGUGUCCCCCACUGAAGACGCGGAGGACCAGAACGCCAUGAUGUCUCCAGAGAGACCACCGAGGUCCAGACAGUCGCUGCACUCGUCCGCAGGAGGAAGUCAAUAUGGAGGAAACAAGCGGCCAGAUUCCACCAGCAGCGCGCAAUUCAGGGUUGAAAGCGAGAUGGGACACAUAGCGACAUCAGACGAAGAGGCUGUGCGGCCUACGAAUCCUGCAAUGAUAGUUUCGGACAUAGAGGACGCUGUCUCAGCCGCGGAGCAAGGCCGCGUUUCCGCGGAACAGUCGCAGGCGGUGACCAAAGCGCCACCUAUUCAUCCGAUCCGCAUUGCCAAGACCAUUGACGUCAUCUCCAGGGUCACCUUCCCGACAGCGUUCUCUUGCUUCCUCAUCUUCUUCUUUGCCAGGUACGCCUGGUUCGCCUACAUGUGGAACGAAAGAUGAAUGAGGACCCAGGAGGGAGCCUUCAAAAGAGAACAUGAAUGGACCAGUUGUUCCCGGAAGAAAAGGAAAAACGGGAGUGACUGCGUGUUCGAAGCUUUUGUACUGUACAGUAUAGUUGGGUCCACUUCGAUGAGCAGGAGCGACACCUGAAGACGAUUGCUGGUUUUUUUCAUCUUCGCGAUCGUUCAUUUAAGCAACGGCAAUCAUCUAAAGAGAAGGCAAUUACGCGCGUAUACGCCUUGUACUCUCCUCCCUUGUUUGCUUUCACCUGAAUCAUGGCAGAAGUGAUUAAGGCACCUUUCAAUCUUUCACGUCAGCGAGUAAGUCGAGAGGGGGGCAACGUUAGGCAUGUUCGAUGAAUCUCCUUUCUGAGAAUUGAUUAUAUUACUCAUGAUCGCGGGGGGAACAUCAGUGGUUGAAUUGUUUUGGCUACAUUAUCAUACUACAGUAUAUGUGGUGGUUUGACG